AUGGAAGGAUUUACUGGAAUCGAUGCGAGUUCUCGUAAGAAGAAAUCACUAAUUUGCACCUCAUUUCCUGCCGGGUGCUUCAGGACUCAGUCUGCGCUCGAUCAUCAGGGUCUGAAUCACGUCAUUGACCUUACAACGCCGUCUCCAUCUUGUCCUCUCAGAACCUCUCAACUCAAUAUUCACCAAAUUUCUAAACCAUUUGAAGAUACUCGAACCACGAGCCCAACGCUGAAUAGAUCAAGAUACAGUGAAGACUCGUAUUCUCUCCCAUAUUGCUCAUCACGGGAUGUCAAGAACGUAAAUCAGUAUGCAAAGAGAAGAGAUGAGUGCGAUUCAAUUUUCUUAUCAACAUUGCGCUCUUUUUCAGGCUCUUCAGAGCAACUCCUGGAACAUAAAACUACUGAUGAGUAUAGUAAUCACCAGAUGUCAAAAGAGAAACACGAAUCACAAUACUCCAGAUAUUAG